GGAGCCGGCGGACUAACAUAUCCCACAAUCCUUUUAGCCUGCUGAGCGUUUCAGAGAGUAUACGUGUAUUUGUUUUGACUCCUAGUGGAAUUAUUUUGCUCGUAGAAGCGUUAUUUAGUUUUAUUUUUCGCUCCGGUGUUUUUGACUCGUUUGCUAAAGAGUUCUGGGUAUUAUUUACAGGCUUGUUUAUAAAAAUGGCUGAUCACUGGAACAGGGGACAUGGCUCUGUGGAUGACAUGCUGGAUGUAGAAAACAAACGCAUGGCUGAGAAUCUUGCAAAUAAAGUAUCCAGACUGAAAUCGUUGGCAUAUGAUAUUGACAAGGAGGCUGAUGAGCAGAAUUCCUACUUGGAUGGCAUGGACUCAAAUUUCCUUAGUGCAACUGGAUUGUUGACGGGCAGCGUGAAGAGGUUCUCUACAAUGGUCCGCUCUGGCAGAGAUAACCGCAAGCUCCUGUGUUACGUGUCAAUAGGCCUGGUCCUGAUGUUCUUUCUGCUUUACUAUCUCAUCAGACGGAUACAGAACUGACAUGUCUGCAUUAUUUUAUUACUACAUGAUUUCUCAGUUUUAUGAGAUUCAUUUUUGGAAAUUCGGUACUUCAAUGUUUUUGUUUAUACAAAGAAAUGUUUUCGGGGAUGUUUUCCGUCACUCAUCUUCUAGGUGUAUUAAAAGUGAUUAGAACUGAAAGCUCAUGGGCGUGAUUCCUGUUUAUCCUGUAUGGAGACGCUUACUUUUUCCUGUAUUGACUUAAUCAUGCUCUGAUUGCAAGAUAUUCCAUAAAUGUAACAAAAUAAAGAUUUUAGAGGGGUUUUUUUAAUCAGUCUUGGAAGGCUUAAGGAAUAUGAUGAGAACUAAAUGCUUUAUAACUGACCUUUUUUGUACUAAUCGUGUAGUAUGUAACAGUAUAGAAAUACUGUACCUAUAUUGAUUUAUUAUUAAGGUUAUUUCUAAUGUCUUCUGUAAAUUUCUUUUUUUCUCUUUAAAUAUAUUCAUUCUCAGGCUUACUUUUAAAUAUGCUCUUUAGGUGAAGUGAAGAGCGUUGCUGAGCUCUGGUAACUUCUUUAACAUGCAAAAGUCUUAGGCAUGUGUAAAGAAAUGGUGUAAAAAUAAUGAAAUGUUUCAACAUUAAAAAAAUAUUAUAAACAGCAGUAAGCCAUAAUAAAUGAAACAAAGUCAAUAUUUGGUGUGAGACGACCCUUUGCUUUAAAAAAAAUUAGUAGUCUGAGGUACAGUGAGUGCAGUUUUAUAAGGAAAUGAGCUGUAGGUUUUACUGAGCAUCUUACAGAACCAGCCACAGUUCUUCUGGACACUUUGUCACGCUUGCUUCUUAAUUUUGAACCAAAACCUAGUACGUUUUCUUUUUUUACUCUAAAAAGUGGUCGGUUAUGUAAUAUACUGCUCAGAUAUAAACUUUUUUUUUUCCUGUAACAUUUACUUUUGUGCUGGAAAGAUAAGUCAUCCGGAUAUUUGACAAAACUCUUGAAAAUCUCCGGUUUUCCAAAUGGAGGAAUUUAUUUUUCGCGUUCCGUUUCAUAGAAAUUAUGGGUUUUCGAUCGACUUUAUAUACAUACCUCAUGUCACGUGAAUGAGAUUUUAUUGCGAGAUCGUGCUUUAGAAAACGCGGUCUCUUUUUUUUUUUUCUUUUAAGUACAAUUAAACAAAGCUAAAUCAAGAGCAAAAUAUAGACAUGAACAAGACAUUUCAAGAACAGACUUAAAAAAACAGAAUAGACGAGAGUAAUUAAGUGUGCGAGAGCAUAUUUCCUGUAAACAAAUUUAACGAUUUGCAAAUGUUGAUAGUCUUUAAAGCCUUUAUAUUUUUCGUUGAAGAGAUUGUCCUGGGUGGUGUAGUGGUUAGCGCUGUCGCCUCACAGCAAGAAGGUCCGGGUUCGAGCCCCGUGGCCGGCGAGGGCCUUUCUGUGCGGAGUUUGCAUGUUCUCCCAGUGUCUGCGUGGGUUUCCUCCGGGUGCUCCGGUUUCCCCCACAGUCCAAAGACAUGCAGGUUAGGUUAACUGGUGACUCUAAAUUGACCGUAGGUGUGA